UCCCCCAAUCCCAGAGAGAGUCGAAUUAGCAGAGGUCCCAAUUCCUGUGUCCCCACCCCCCUAAGAGGCAGUCUCUGCCUCCACCCUUCUGGGGCAGGAAAGGACGCCUUUUGCACUUCUGUAAAGGGAAGGGGGGUAAGAACUCUACCUUCACACUGGGAGGACCAGCCCGGGCAUACCUGUAGCUCCUGAGGUCCCACUGGGUUCGAGGACAAGUGUCACCUUUUUGGAGCAAAAGAUGUGUUGGAACACGCUGCUGCUUCUGCUGUUGUGUUAUGACGCUCAGGCGGCCGUGUCCCACAGGUGGAGCAGGGCCAUGCUCUUUCCUGCUGCGCAUCGGCCAAAGAGAUCCUCAUCCAUGCCCCUGAAUCCCGUCCUGCAGAGCUCCCUGGAGGAAGUAGAACUGCUCUACGAGUUCCUGCUAGCUGAACUUGACAUCAGCCCUGACCUGAAGAUCUCCAUCAAGGACGAGGAGCUCUCCUCGUUGAGGAAAGCCUCCGACUUCCGCACCAUCUGCAAUGACGUGAUCCCCAAGCGCAUCCCGGACAUCCGCCGGCUGAGCGCCAGCCUCUCCAGCCACCCUGGCAUCCUCAAGAAAGAGGACUUUGAAAGGACAGCGCUGACCCUGGCCUACACGGCCUACCGCACCGCCCUGUCCCAAGGGCAUCAGAAGGACAUCUGGGCCCAAUCCCUCCUUAGCCUCUUCCAGGCCCUGAGGCAUGACUUGAUGCGGUCCUCGGGCCCCAGAGUGUCCCCCUGAGAGCCCGGCCCACGGCCACGGAGCAGGGACCAGCACACGCGGUAAUCCAAACACUCUUCAUUCUCUACUCCAUUUACAGAGCCCUGCAACAAAGCACAUGCCACCAACUCAGAGUAGCAGAGAUAAAAUAAGUAACCCCAUGUCCUCUGCCCCUCCUAGUUCCCUGACAAGCACAUCUAAUUCGUGUCACGGUGUGACCGGGGCUGCAAGAAAGGGCUAGCAUGGUCAUUCAAGAUGCCUCCGAAGGCCACCUGAUUUGCGUGGUGACGCGCUUCAUCGCCGAGUGACCGCCAUAAACACCCGAGGGCAAAGACAGAGCUAGAGGAGACGGCACAGAGGUCUGGGCAUUGCGGGAAGAUGGGGGGACAGAGAUCAGGGCGUGAGGCCGAAUGAACAUCAUUCCAAAGGUUCCACAUAGUUAAGAUACUUAAAACGAAAAGCUGGAGCUAUAGCAAAUAAACACUUUGUUAGCCAAAGAUCCACGUGUCAACUUUUCCAAAAGUCACCAAGAAGCAUCAGCCAGAAAAUCAGUAAUUUUAUGGCCUCUCUGUCUUGUCUCUUCUUCUCCGAAAGCGGAUCUAAUACAGAGGAGAAACACGGCGGGGGCCCACAGAGAGGCUGCAAACUGACCUCGUCUUCUUUUUUUUUUUUCUUUUAAUUUUUUUUUUCAACGUUUAUUUAUUUUUGGGACAGAGAGAGACAGAGCAUGAACGGGGGAGGGGCAGAGAGAGAGGGAGACACAGAAUCGGAAACAGGCUCCAGGCUCCAAGCCAUCCGCCCAGAGCCUGACGCGGGGCUCGAACUCACGGACCGCGAGAUCGUGACCUGGCUGAAGUCGGACGCUUAACCGACUGCGCCACCCAGGCGCCCCUGACCUCGUCUUCUGAACAGAGAAAGCACGCUGAUGCGGAGAGGAUCACCCCAGGGAGAGCUCCAAAACUGAGCGCUCCACAUACAAAUGAUUUUUUAGACAACAGAACUUACCCUUUCAAAUGCCAGAACCUUCAUUUUAGCAAUGCUGACUUGCUGUCUUUGUUGACUGUAUGUACGGAACAUCUUGAGCUUCUAUUUUGGAUCUCUGAAACGUUCUGAUGAAGGAAUUGGAUAAAAUAACCUCUAAGAUCGCUCGACUUCCGAAAGUUCCACGAUCACUGAACCAGCCGUGAGAUAAUCACAGGGGGGACACCGGGACCUAAGGGGUCUGCUGGACUGUUUGCGCCAAGCCCAGAAGGCCCCGGGGCUUUGCUGACUCUGCCGGGUGUGUGUCCUGCCUUCUGCACCGUGAGGCUGUGAGAGGGCGCUCCUCUUUCUUUCCAACACAACUUGCCCGUUGCAAUUUGUUCUAUUUUGGCUGCUCCCACCCAAGGGACAAAGCAGGGAGGCUUGUCAUAAUUCCGUGUUAAAUCGGAGCUAGUAGGCGAACGUCUCUGCCAGAGGGAGGCACUAGGCUCUAAUACGGAUUCCUCGCUGGCUCUCCUGGCUUGACAGCUGGGUUUUGGAGGCUAACGUCGCAAGAGGUCUAAUCUUUGAAUGAGUGACGUCUUAUCCGGCUAAAUUUGAUUCUGAAAUGGGUAUUUAACCAUUGUCAUUGGAUGAUGGCCUAAAGUUGAUCUGGACUUCUUAAAAACUUUGAAUAAGUCAUUGCUUCGCAGCUGCAUGAUCCUUUUGGAGAAACAGUAGGAUGUAGGACGAAGGUAUUCACCAUCAGAGAAAAAUACAACAUGGAAAAAUCCUGAUGUUCUCGGGCUCCGAAGAUUAAUGACUGCUGGUUUCUCUGGUCCUCAUUCCCGGAUUACACCACCCUUUUACGGCCCUCAAAUGCAGUCUCUGAUAUAUGCUUUUGGUCCCAUUUUUCCCUUUCUAAUAUUCCAUGUUCUCUUCGACCUGGUUUGUGUCUCUUCUGCUUUAUCUUUGGGCCCAAUUCUGAUUAUCUUUGUAUCCACUUCUCCCGGUCUCUUUUGGUGCACGUAUGCUCACUCUAGCUCUGUCUGCUUGCACUCUGAUGCUCACUGUCUUCCAGCCCCCUGUGGGUAUCACUGUCUGACCAAAACAAAGGUCAACCUACAGGGCCAGGAGUUCCCAAAAGGCCGAUUAGCCUCAUGGCUGCCUUCACUGUUUGUACUUUCUCUGGAUGUGGGGUAGAGGAGGUUAGCAGAGGGCUCAAUCCUUUGACAUUGUGCAAUACCCUGACAUCAGUCUUGCAUGCCACCCCGGGCCAUCCCGGGCCUCCACCCCCAUCAGGAUGGAUCUGAGAGCCUCUGUUCAGUCACUGGUUAGACAGACCACCCUUGUAGUCCCUCCCUGUCAUGUUCUGAUAUUCGAGGUCACUCCCAGUGGUAGGAGAUUCGUGAAUGGGAGGAUGGUUCCCAGGACCAGUGAUAACCUGGAAGUUCAUUCACCCUGCAGCAAAAAUUAAAGGCACUUUUGUACUCAUGAAUUGGGGCACAUGUUUAUGUGGCAAUCAAGGACCGAGGGAAAAAGAAAAAAAAAAAAAAAGAAAGAAACAAGAAGGGCAUGACUUUUUUAAAGACAAAUGAAAAUUUCAGUUCAAGUAAUUCCAUGACACUAUUAAAUACUAUUUGGGGCUGAAUACAAAUUAAUUGUUUCCCACAAGAAGCUUUAUCACAAUAACUUCAUUUAUGCGGAAGAUCAAAUAUAACACUCACCAAUGCCACCAAAGACCUGACUCUUUGCUCAACGAACAGUGAAGUAGGAGACUGGACAGAAAAAGACUGUCCCAUUUUGCCUCACUGAUCCCACACGGUAGCACCGCAUCACAACUGGAUCACCUUUUGUCAUAAUUACGCAUAGACAGAAUAAUUUGGGGCAUGGUAUCUGUAGAGGAAAUGUGCCUGUAAUUUCUGGGACUAAUUCUGCCAUUUCUAUACUGCUGGGAACUUGUAGGAUCUAAAAAUUCCGGAAGCUUCUUCUAUCGUUGCUAUCCUGGUGGCUACCUCUGGCGUCACUCAAGAGACGCUGAAAAACAUCUGUAUGGCUGAAACUUCCAUUGCCCUCGCAUCUCGCCUUGAAUCUAAAAGAGAAUUGCCUCAGUGGUAAAUCAGUCAGAAGGUAUUUCCACCGGUGGACCGGUCUAAAAUUAAACACUUGUUAAAUGUCUUUACAUGGCACCCCUUAGUUUCCUAACCCAUUUUAACGUCUCCUAAAUUUUUGUGCGGUAAAAAAAAAAAAAAAAAAAAAAAGUAACGUGAAAUUUACCAUCUGAGUUGCCUAUAUGUGCCGCACAGUGUUAGCUAUAGGCACAGGGUGGUGUGACAGAUCUCUAGGAAUUUUCAUUUUGCAAAGACGACCCCUCUGGAACAGUAACUCCCCUCUCUCCUCUCCCCCUCAGUGCCUGGCAACUGCCUUUCUACUUUCUAAGAGAUUGACUACUUUAGAUACCUCAGAGAAGUGAAACCUGCCUUAUAUUUCUUAAGCAUAGUAUCCUGGAAAUUGUUUUCUUCAUCUGAAAAAUGGAUAGAGCCCUGAAGGAGAACUACUGGUCUUACCGUGUUGCUCACCUUCCCUAAUUUUAUUUAACAGUUAUUCCUUUAUGGUAUAAUAAAAAUGUCAUGAUCGA